UUUUUUUGUAGCCUGCGUGUAUUUAAGAGGGGCUAGAUUUCAUGAGGCAUUGACAGUGAAGAACACCUUGGAUAAGUGACUAGCAAGAAGAUAACAGGAUGGAAAAUAAAGAGAAAAAUGGUGAAAUUAAAGAAAACCAGGUGGUGAAAAAGAAAUUGGAUUGGUCUGGAAGUCUUAUUGUGGCUGCUUUAGCUGGAGCUUUUGGAUCUUCCUUUCUUUAUGGUUACAAUCUCUCUGUAGUGAAUGCUCCAACAGUGUAUAUCAAGAAAUUUUACAAUGCAACUUGGGAAAGAAGAUACAACUCCUCAAUAGAUGAAGGAACUCUUACACUCCUCUGGUCUAUAACUGUGUCAGUUUUCUCUAUUGGUGGACUGGUGGGUGCUAUUAUUGUCACCCCAAUUGUGAAGUUCUUUGGACGAAAAUAUACUUUGAUGCUUAAUAAUAUAUUUGCAGUCAUAGCUGCACUGUUGAUGGGAUUCUCUUCCCUAGCGGGAUCAUUUGAAAUGCUUAUAUUGGGCCGUAUUAUAAUGGGAAUUGAUGCAGGUGUUUCUCUCAGUGCUCUUCCCAUGUAUUUGAGUGAAAUCUCACCAAAGGAAAUACGUGGUUCUUUGGGGCAGGUCACAGCAAUCUUCAUUUGUAUUGGCGUUUUUACUGGUCAGGUUUUGGGACUCCCAGAAAUAUUUGGAAAAGAAUCUCUAUGGCCUUACUUAUUUGGAGUGAUUAUUGUUCCUUCAGUGAUCCAAGUUGGGAUUUUGCCUUUCCUUCCUGAAAGUCCUCGCUAUCUCUUACUUGAAAGGCAUGACAUACACAGAGCAGAAAAAGCAUUUCGGACCUUCCUUGGAAAAGCCGAUGUGUCUUAUGAGGUAGAAGAAGUGUCAGCGGAAAGUCGACUACACAGAAACGUUCAGUUAGUGUCCAUUCUGCAGCUUCUGAGAAACCGCUCUGUCCGCUGGCAGAUCAUUACCGUGGUCAUCACCAUGGGCUGCUACCAGCUAUGUGGGCUUAAUGCUAUCUGGUACUACACAAACAGCAUCUUCAGCACAUCUGGGAUCAACCAUGAUACCAUCCCCUAUGUUACCUUGAGCACUGGUGCUACUGAAAUCUUGGCUGCUGUUUUUUCUGGCUUAGUUAUUGAACGACUUGGACGUAGACCUCUUCUCAUUGGAGGUUUCAGUUUGAUGGUUGUUUUCUUUGCUGUACUUACAGCAUCUUUGACUUUACAGUAUCGUGUAUCCUGGCUUCCUUUCCUGAGUAUAGCUUGCAUUCUUGCAAUAAUUGCAUCAUUUUGCAUUGGACCAGGUGGGAUUCCAUUUGUCCUAACUGGAGAGUUUUUCGAGCAGUCUCAAAGGCCAGCUGCAUUUAUGAUAGCUGGAACAGUCAACUGGCUUUGUAACUUCACAGUUGGACUACUUUUCCCUUUCAUUCAGGGUGGCUUGCAGACAUACUGUUUCCUGGUGUUUGCUGGCAUCUGCCUUGCUGGAGCUACUUAUCUGUUUUUUGUCCUACCUGAAACAAAAAAUAAGACUCUUCAUGAAAUCAGCCAGGCAUUUGCCAAAAGGAAUAAGGUGACUUUAGAAGUUCAGGAAAUGGACCAGUAUUCAGCAGAAAGGAAAUCAAGUGCAGAACAAGACUCUAACUUCUCUCCUACCAAGGACAAUGGUGAAACCAAAAACAGACUUGUCUAACAUCUGACUGUUGUCUGUACAGAUAG